UUCCCAUCACGCCAUCCAGAAAAACCCUAAUGUCAAUAGAGCAGUAGAAGAUCAAUUAAAAAAAAAAAAAACUUAUAUCCAUAAAAUAUUCAUAGAAAAGUGUGUAUAUCAGAAAGGAAAUUGAAGAAGAGAGGGGAAUAUGAAGGCUUGGAAAAACUUAGGAGCAGUUGAGACAAUAUAUGAGGAAGAGUGUGAGUUUUCCUCUUCCUCUUCUUCUCUUUCUCCAUCUCCUUCUUCUCCUCCUACGCCUCUCCAUUCUAGAGUGGAUAAAUGGUCACUGGCAGCCGGGAAAAAAACAGAAGUGCUAAUAAGAGUUCGUGGAAAAUGCUUCCAUUUGCACAAGGAUCCACUGGCAUCAAGAAGCACGUAUUUAAAGCAGCAACUUACGGAUUCCGUCUCGGAAUUCACGCUCUCACCGCCGUUAAACAUCACGGCCGAAGCGUUCACUCUCGUAGCGGACUUCUGUUACGGAGCCCGUCUCGUCAUAACGCCGUUCAACCUCGCCGCCCUAAGAACGGCGGCCGAGCUGCUAGAGAUGACGGAAGCUAACGGCGAUGACGACGACGACGAGGAGGAUGGCAGUAGCUUGGUCCACAUCACCGACACGUACUUCCGUCGAGUCGUCGCCGUUAACCGCGAGUACACGUCCAUAGUUUUCCGUUCGUCCCUGGCCUUGCUUCCGGAGGCGGAAACGGCGGCGUUUCUGGUCAGCAGGUGCAUCGAAGCGUUGGAUUUAACGGACGACGGUCUCGGCGACUGUGGGAUGGACUGGUUUGAAGACGUUAUAUUAACGGUUUGCCCAGAGGAUUUUCAUGUGGUAGCUGAGGCCAUGCAACGUCGGUUUAAUAGCCACGACGUCGUUUAUAAGAUUGUUGAACUCUAUAUUCGGGGACACAACGGGAAAAUCACAGAGGAGCAGAAGUCCCAAAUAUGCAGCUCCAUCGACUGCAACAAGCUCUCCCACAAGCUCCUCCUUGACGCUGUCCAAAACCCCCUCAUGCCCCUCCGCUUCGUCGUCCGCGCCAUGCUCCUGGACCAGCUCAACACCCGCCGCUCCAUCCUCUCCGCAACCGCCGACCGCCGCCGCCGCCUCCACAGCGACGACGCUCCUCCCAUGACCCUCGGCGCUCUCAUCCACCGGGACGCCGCCAUCCGCCAGGCCUCCCACCUCAAGGCCACCCUCGACGCCACCACUCUCCGCCUCCGGUCCCUCGAGGAGGAGCUCUCCGGCAUGAAGAAGCUCCUCUUGCAAAAUGCCGAUUGCGAUCACGAUCGGAGUCUGGUGAUGGACCGAUCCGGCGGUCGGUCCGCCAGCUUCCAUGUCGGUUCGGAGAAUAAGGUCAGGAAAGAGGACAGAUUCUCCGCAAACUCGGCGAGGUUUCAUCGAUGUGGUGGAGAAGAAGAAAGUAGGGUUAAAUCGAGAGAAAAUUCUUUAUCUCUGUCUUCUUGUAAAGCGAAUGCUCCAACGUUGAGGAAGAGGAUCGGUCAGGGUUUGAUCAAUGGGUUGAGGAAGGCGUUUGGUGUACGGCCGGCUUUUCGCGGGAAGGAGAACAACAAUGACGAUCUUACUGUGACUAAAGUGUCUCCUAAUUGAUG